AUGGGCGGUCCAAGUCACGUUAUAAAGGGGAAGGCGGAGGAGCGAAGCCGCCGUGUCUGGUCGCGGUGGUUCGUCGCGGUGGUUCGUUUCUUCCCGGCGAGAGAAACAGGUCUGCACGCGCGGGCGUCAGCCAUGUGCGGAAUCUUUGCUUAUCUGAACUACAGAGUGCCUCGGACCAGGAAGGAGAUAUUUGAAACUCUAAUAAAAGGUCUACAAAGACUAGAAUACAGGGGAUAUGACUCUGCAGGUGUUGCAAUUGAUGGAAAUGAUAAUGAAGAUAAGGAAAGAUACAUCAAAUUGGUAAAGAAAAAAGGCAAAGUUAAGGCUCUUGAUGAGGAGCUGCAAAAACAAGAUGGUUUGGAUUUGAAGGCAGAUUUUGAGACACAUUUUGGCAUUGCUCACACUCGCUGGGCAACCCACGGAGCACCAAAUGCUGUGAACAGUCACCCUCAAAGAUCAGAUAAGAGUAAUGAAUUUGUUGUUAUCCAUAAUGGAAUCAUUACCAAUUACAAAGACCUAAGGAAGUUUCUGGAGACCAAAGGUUACGAGUUUGAAUCUGAAACAGAUACUGAAACCAUUCCGAAGUUGAUCAAAUAUGUGUAUGAUAACAGAGAGACGGAAGACAUGCGUUUUUCUGCCUUGGUUGAGAGAGUCAUUCAUCAGCUGGAAGGAGCUUUUGCAUUGGUUUUCAAAAGUAUCCACUACCCAGGGGAAGCUAUUGCUACGAGGAGGGGGAGUCCUCUACUUAUUGGAGUUCGCAGUGAAUCUAAGCUUUCCACUGAACAAAUCCCUAUCUUAUACAGAACAUGCAACAUUGAAAAUGUAAAGAAUAUAUGCAAAACACGAAUGAAAAGACUGGAUAGUUCUACCUGCCUUCAUGCUGUUGGAGAUAAAGCGGUUGAAUUUUUCUUCGCUUCAGAUGCAAGUGCCAUAAUUGAGCACACCAACAGAGUCAUUUUUCUAGAAGAUGAUGACAUUGCAGCAGUAGCUGAAGGGAAGCUUUCUAUUCAUCGGCUUGAACGUUGUGCCAGUGAUGACCCAUCCCGAGCCAUACAGACUUUGCAAAUGGAACUGCAGCAAAUCAUGAAAGGAAACUUCAGUGCUUUCAUGCAGAAGGAAAUAUUUGAACAGCCAGAAUCUGUUUUCAAUACCAUGAGAGGAAGGGUGAACUUUGAGAGCAACACAGUUCUUUUAGGUGGCUUGAAGGAUCACUUGAAAGAAAUCAGAAGAUGCAGGCGACUGAUAAUCAUUGGUUGUGGAACCAGCUAUCAUGCUGCAGUGGCUACUCGUCAAGUGUUGGAAGAACUGACUGAGCUACCUGUGAUGGUGGAACUUGCGAGUGAUUUUUUGGACCGCAAUACUCCUGUAUUUCGAGAUGAUGUGUGCUUUUUUAUCAGCCAGUCGGGAGAAACUGCUGAUACGCUGAUGGCCUUGAGGUACUGUAAGGAUCGUCGGGCUUUGACGGUUGGAAUUACGAACACAGUUGGGAGCUCAAUAUCCAGGGACACUGACUGUGGUGUCCAUAUCAAUGCAGGCCCUGAGAUUGGGGUGGCCAGCACAAAGGCUUACACCAGUCAGUUCAUCUCUCUUGUGUUGUUUGGUUUGAUGAUGUCUGAAGACAGAAUUUCUUUGCAAAAUAGGAGACAGGAGAUCAUGAGUGGACUAAAGUCAUUACCUGAAAUGAUUAAAGAAGUGCUGUCUUUGGAUGAGAAGAUACAUGACCUGGCACUUGAACUAUAUAAACAACGUUCACUUCUGGUUAUGGGUCGUGGCUACAACUAUGCCACUUGCUUGGAAGGGGCAUUGAAAAUCAAGGAGAUUACAUAUAUGCACUCUGAAGGCAUCCUGGCUGGUGAACUGAAGCACGGGCCAUUGGCUCUUAUAGAUAAACAAAUGCCAGUUAUCAUGAUCAUUAUGAAAGAUCCCUGCUUCACAAAGUGCCAGAAUGCUCUACAGCAGGUCACUGCUCGCCAGGGCCGCCCUAUUAUUUUAUGCUCUAGAGAAGAUACUGAGAGCUCCAAAUUUGCCUACAAAACUAUAGAGCUGCCACAGACAGUGGACUGUCUGCAAGGAGUUUUGAGUGUUGUUCCCCUCCAGCUGCUUUCAUUCCACCUGGCUGUUCUCAGAGGAUAUGAUGUGGAUUUUCCAAGAAAUCUGGCCAAAUCUGUGACUGUGGAAUAAGCAUUGUGCCAUAGAAUGAGCAUUAUCAGUAAUCCUAAAUUGUAUUUCUGUCAAUAAGUCUUCAACCAAGUGUUUUCAUGAUGUUGACUCUACAAAGCACACCACCACAACGCAUAACUCUAUUUGCUUUAAUGGGAUUUCUGAUGAUGGAAACCUUGAGCCAGUACAAUGAAUAUACUGCAAACUGGAAAAUAUUAAGAGUGGUGUUGUUCUCUAAAGAUCUGUUUAAUGUGCCUUUAAAUAUUUGCUACGUGCCUUGCACCUAAGUGCUUUUGCUUACAGCAUAUAGCAUUACUGAAAUAACAAAAUUGCCAAAGAAUAGAAGGAAAUCAUUGUUUACAUAUGGUUAAUGAACAGUGUUUUUUUACAACUGUGCAAUAUAUGUACAUAGCUUUUUUUCUAAGUUACUGUGAAUAAAUCAACACUAUACAUGCAGCCCGAUUCUAUACAUGUUUACUCAGCCGUAAGUCCCUCUGAAAUCAGUAGGGUUUACUCCCAGGUACACUUGUAUAGGACUGCUGCCUUUCUUUUAAAUACAAAGUAUUUAUAUAUACACCAAUGUAUAGCACAUAAGUUAUUUUUAGUAUAUUUGUUGCCUGUAGUAGUGAUAAUGCCCAGGAUUUAAACCUAGGCUCAUUAUGAUUUUACUAAUUGUGUAUAAACUCUUUUAAGUUUGCAUUUGUGCCAUUAUUUCCCCCCUUCCUGCCUACACUUAAAAAUGUUCCUGUAUCUCUCCACUGAUCUUUCCAUUCAUCUUGCACGUAUCUACCUUUCGUUGUUUUUGCACUGUUGUGAAUGAAAGUUUCUCAAUUAUUCAGAUUUAGUUCUGUUUUUUUGAUGAAAAUUCUCUUUUGCUAAGACACCAUUUUCUUUGAGCCAAACUAUCUUUAUCUUCUUGAAUAAUAUUGUUUAACCCUAUAAGACUAUUAGGUAUUUUAUGUGCUCAAUAUGUUUCUAUUUAAUUGUUGUACAACCAAAAUGCUAUGCAAUUAAA